UCACGAGUAUCGAGUAUCUAUCACGGUAGAAUGACAGCUGAUUAUCUAGUAAUAUCUAGAAAAUUUCCCAUAUCGGCACAGGACACAUAAUUCUGACGGAUCAGUCAAAGUCAGGUUGUCAGAACCAACGAAUUCGUUGGUCAGAGCAGUUGUUUUGUUUUUUGUACGCUUUAGAUUCAUUUUGUACUUGCUAACAGUUCUUUUAGUAAGAAAAAAUAAUUUGCACACAUAGCAAAACGCUACAAACAAUUUUUACUAGAUUUACACUCGAUUCAUUACUGCCAACGUCCCAGAAUAACACAAAAAUGUCACUUGUUGAUUAGCUGUUCACCUCAUUAGACGUCAAAACGUGAUGGAUACUCGUGAAAUAUACCGUAGUUCACAAAUAUAUUUUGUGGUUCACAAUUUCUACUUUUUAAAUGAGAACCAAGCCAGUUUUAUCACUCAAAGAUCAGUUCAUUCUGAAGCAAGAAGUGAAAUCCCUUUAUAGGAAAAUAUUUCGAACUAUAAGGCAGGUGCCUGAUCCCAGCCAUCAGAGAGAGCUGAAGCAGUGGGCACGACAUGAUUUUAGAAGUAAUGCUCAUCAUACGGAUGAGAUAACAAUAAAAAUGUACAUAAAGUAUGGAGAGAGAUGUUUAAAAGAAUUAGAGACUAGUUUAAGCUUAUCAAAAUAGAUAUCAAUAGUAAUUAUCAUUUUUGUGUUACUUAACAUGUGUGGAAGAUAUGUUGUCUUUGAGUAGUAUGUUGAUAUUUUUUUUGAAAAUAAAUUGAAUACCUAUUUAUUUUUGUUCCAUUUGUUCAUCACAUUUUUUGGAUCUAUAAUCUAG